AUGGCUGCCGUCGACGCCUCGGCCGAGGCUGAGGACGCAGUCUCUCCAAAAGACAAGACAACCAUGGAGCAAGACAUGCCGCAACCCCCCCUCAGUGCCAUCAACAACCCUCUGAAUUCACUUCAGAUGCGCGCCGAUCCUGAUGCCCAAGCUACGGUCACCGACUUUCUCGACUUCACCGAGUAUCUCCCGUCCGACAUGAUGCGCUCCCUGACGUUGAUCGGCCAGCUCGAUUCCCGCUACCACGACGCCUCACUGAACGUGCACAACAUGACGACCACAUGGGGGCAGCUUCCCAAGAUCCCGGCCGAGACGCGUCCCGCACCGAGUCAGCUUCGCGCCGACAUCUCAGACGGCCUCAACAGGACCGUCAGCUCGCGGGCCUUUGCGCACGCCGAGGCCAUGCGCAUGGACGAGAACGUGAACCGCCACUACAACCGCGUCAAGCUGAUCCUGUCCAAACUGCAAACAAUGUUCGAAAACUAUCCGACGGAAGACGAGCAGAAGAGCCCUGUUGCCGUGGCCAAGUCGCCGCAGCUGGCGAGGGCUCCGAAGCCGACGCUGCGCCUGGCCAACGGCGAGAAGGCGCGGCGUCAGAUGAUCCCGCGCAUCACCGUCCCCGGCGAGGUCCUGGCGCCGUACGACAACUUUGAGGCCUACAGCUCCGACAGCGACGAGAGCUCCGACGACGAGGACGUGGAGAUUGCGCCGUACAAAGCCGGCGCCGCGUCCAACGCGCGCGUCAAGCUCAUGAAGCCGCCCAAGACGCCCAAGCCGCAAAAGACGCCCAAGGCACCCGGCUCGAGACCGCCCAAGUCGGCGGGCGGAGCGGGCUCGGCGAUUGCGCCGCCCGCCACGCCUUUGCCGCCGCCGAAGAAGCCGCCCGAGAAUGCCGUGAUUGGCAGCGCAGACGCCCCGUGGCUCCAACUGACUGCGUGGGAGCUCGCCAAGCUGAGAAAGCGCAUGAAGAAGAAUGCGCAGUGGACACCUAGCGACACGAUGAUCUCGCGAGAGCUGAACGACCUCGGCCGUGGCAUUGAUGCGUACCGAGAGGCGAAGAGAAAGGCGGAGGAGGAGGGCAUCGCCUUUGACCCUGCUCCUUCGGCCAUCGCUGCCGAGUCGGAGAAUGGCUACCAGCAGACGCCCGAGGGCGCGCUGAGCGCUGCAGCUCUGCAGUCGGACGAGGUCCAGCUGAGCAACAGGGGCAUGAAGCUCAACGAAGCCAAGAAACUGAAGAGAGAGUCGCUCGCGAAACAGGCGGCUGAGGAGGCUGAGGAAUCUGCCCGCCUAUUUAAUGAAACGGCGAGGAUGUUGAUGACGCCCCAGCAGCCGCAGUCAAACUCGCAAGCAAAGGCGUCGAGCAAGCCCCCUGCUUCGGCCAAUCGAAGCCACAAGCGCAAGAGAGAUUCGGCGACGGAGACGGAGCCUCCAAAGAUUGGCGAGCCAGAGAAAGCCGCGCCGCGGCCGCCGCCUGCCAAACGGACCAAGACGGAAACGCCAGUGCCGCUUCCUCAUCUACGCGCAAGCCUGAGCACCCAGCCGCUGACCGAGACGCCCGUUCUCCCGCCUGUCUUGACGCCAGGGGGCACAGCCGUGACACCUCAUUCGACCACGCCAGUGCCGCUUCCUGUCCCCGGGCAGGACGCGACCAAGAGGACGGUGUCCCCGGCGUUGUCCAAAGAAAAUGGCGCCGGUGCUGGCACAAUCACGACGAAAAUCCACCACACCCAUCCUUCCUCCCAUCCCCCAGUCAUCAAAAAGAGAGACAAGGGGCGACGUGGCGAAGAAGCCGUCGUUCUCAGAGUCUGA